GGCGCUAAAUUGUAUAAGAAGCUUCCGGCAUUCCGCCAUCACCUAACUUUUCAACAUUUUCAGAAGGAACACUCUCAAGUCUCAACUACUCAAAUGGCGCGGAAGAAACCCUCUCCUUCAACCUCCUCCAACUUUUUUCCGAUUUCAAUUGGAAAUUGCGAGGUUUUCGUUGAUGGAGCUGUUAAGAGCUUCAAAUGUGAAUCAAAUCAGAGUUCUCUGCUUAUUUCCGCUUCGAAAAAUAUCAAAAUCAAAAUUUCAGUGAUGGAAGAUGCCAACGAGAGCCGAAAAAUUGUGGAAAAUGAGAAUAAAGAGGGAGCUACUUCUGUUGUGGAUUGUCAAUUCUUGCUUAUCAACCCUAAAGAUGCUGGUAGUCAUACCAAGUCAUUGCUUCAGGAGAUCUUAAGUUUAUACACGAAGGAGCUGCCUGCCAUGAAUUAUGCUGCUAACACUGGAAAACAAUCAUCAUUUCUUGAAAAAUGUGUUUCAAGUGGGAAGUUUUGCACUUUGGCAUUGCGUCAGAAGUGUUUAGAAGACACAGCCGAGGUCAUUGCAGCAAUUACUUAUCAAAUCAUUCCAACUGAUACACAGUAUGCUGAAGUUCCAGUAGCUGCUGUCAGUUCGUCAUGUCAACAGAAGGGAGUAGGUCGACUUUUGUACAUGGAAUUAAGAAAGAGACUCAAGGAUGUUGGCAUAUCAACAGUUUUGUGUUGGGGAGACAAAGAGUCGGAAGGAUUUUGGCAUAAACAGGGAUUUGUAUCAAUAGCAGAGGUGGACUCUAAAGGUAGAGCUCGUAGGCUUCCUCGUAAGCUACCGAUCAGGGCAGAUAUACGCCGGGCACUAUGCUUUCCUGGUGGUUCAAAACUCAUGGUUACUCAUCUAAACGAGAAUCUCCAUGAUACUGGGGCUCAGUCAAUAAAGAUGUGCUGGAAUUCAGCCAGGAAAUCAACCUCAUCAACUAAAGAGUUUUACAGCCUAGCUGGUACCGGGCAGGCUUUGUCUCCUGCAUCAGCAAUUGGGAAUGGCCAAGAAAACCUGCAACAAGACUUAAAUGAGAGAAUUUCAAGCCACCAGCGUAUGACUACCUAUGAGAAAAUGGAUACUGGCGCAAUAGGUGAAUCAGUAUCAACCGAAGAGGUCGCCAAACAAAUCUCUUCAACCUAUGAACGGAAUACAAAGAGAAGGAUUUGGGAAACUUCCUCAUCGUCAUUGAACUCCAAAAGAGUGAAGGCUGCUCAUGUAUCUGAUCAGUCAUUUUCAGAUUCUGUUUUGCAUUUAAACAAGGAUGACACAGAUGGUUCUCCUUCUAAGGGGGCUUCCUUGGUAUUGGAAGAAAAUAUGUUAACUAAGAAGAGCAAGACUGUAGAUGAUGUAAUGGCUGGUGAUAAAUCUGGGGGAAAGGGAAAGUACUUCAAUAUCAUGUUGAUGGAUAUUGCUGAUGGACCUAAAAAAGACUAUCUUACAAAGAUAAUAGAAGACCUUGGUGGAGCUAUUACUGCUGAUGGAAGUGUAUGCACCCAUGUUCUCGUAGGAAAAGUCAGAAUAACAUUGAACUUCUGCACUGCUUUAUGCUCAGGGGCUUGGAUACUGUCACCAAAUUGGCUAAAAGAAAGUUCCAGGAAAGGCAGAUUUGUCGAUGAACUUCCCUUCCUUCUCAAGGAUGAGGACUACUUGAUGAAGUCCAGGGUUGAUCUAGAAGAAGCUGUUCUUAGAGCCAGAAGAAAUCCUCGAGCAUUGCUCAAAGGAUAUACUAUCUGCGUGACAACUCAUGUCCAUCCCUCUAUUAAGAUGCUAUCAGCCAUUGUCAAAUCUGCUGGUGGUGAUGUAAAUGUAGGUUUUGGUAAACUAGAUGGAAAAUCAGAAACAAUUUUUGUGGCAUGUGAAGAAGACAUGGAGGAAGCAUUGUUAGCUGUGAAGAGUGGGGUUCGAACUUUCAACAGUGAGUGGUUUAUGAACUGUAUUAUGAAACAAGAAAUUGAUCUGGACGCCCCUCAGUUUGCGGAAUCUCUUUGAUAUUUAUCAAGCUCAUGCUGAUUCAGAAGUAUUAGUGUAAAUGUUUUACAUAAUGUAUCUAAAAUUUAGUAUUUAUGGCCGUUGGAGAAGUUUUAGUUAGCUACUACAGGUUGCGGUCUGUAUUAUUUUGCUGAAAUUGCUGGAAGGAUUGAAUUGGUUUGAUGAAUCCGCUUUAGUUUUACUUCGUACGAAGUACUCCCUCUGUUCCGGAAUACUUGAACCGGUUUGACCGACACAGAGUUUAAUACAAAGUAUUUGACUUAUUAUUUAA